AAUUUUUUUCUCUAAAUGACCUAAUUGCAAACGGAUAUAUCUUUCAGUGAUUUAUAUACACUAAACCCAUAGCACAACUAACAUGAUAUACAAAACAUACAAUACAAACAUGCACCACAAAACAUGCAAAAGACCUCACAAAGACAAAGGUUGAAUGAUACGACGCCGUUCCUGGUGAAGUGGGAGGGAAAUAGAAGUAUAAAAACUCUCAAAACGCGAUUUCGUUUCAAUUGCGCUCCCAUUUCAAUCCGACUGAAAGGAAUGACGAAAUCAAUCACUCUGAUUCAAACAAUUGCAUUUGCAGGAGUCUUCUCUGGCGUUUCGUUCUGGUACGGCUUCGUGAUCGGUAGAGAGUCCUCCGAAAAGAGCUCGGAGAUCUGGUUGAAGAUCUUCGCCGUGGGAACUCCGCCUCCUCGCAACCUUCAAAUUGUGCUCGAUUCUGUGGUAAUUUAUUCUCUCUCUUUUUUGGGAUACUGUAUGUUACUAUAUUGUGGUGCAAAACUAGACGGUUCGAUAUUGGUUUUCCGUGCAUGGUAUUGGUGGGGAUUGCCUUCCACAUGGAAGUGCAUUUGCUAAAUACGGUAAGCACCGAACUGAACGCAAAUUGGUGUCGAUCAUUUAGUAAAAGACAACAAGCUAAGUCAGAUGUCCAAAUUCAAUGUCAAUCUUGUGAGAAGUUUCUAUGGAGAGAUAAGGUGUGGUGUAUCCUCACAUGAUCAAAUCAAGCAUGUUGGACGUCAACUAUAUGGAGAGAUAAGGAAAGGUUAGUUUGGAGUAUGUUGAGUAACCGGCUGGUUAGGUGAGGCUUGUUCAAGACAAAGACAUCCAAGGGUUUUGUGCUUAUCAAUAUCACAACUGAAGGUUUCCUGAAGUUGCUCUUAUUAUCUUUUGCUAACAGACAACAAUCCUUUCCUUUAAUUAUUCACAUCUUUGGGCAGUUCAAAGACUACCGUGAUUGAUGAACAAACUCUAUCACAUGAGAUAAGAGUCAAGAGUCCUGUAUAGUGCUAAAGCUUGUUGAGGUUGGAGUCCAUAUAAGAUGGCUUGUGUUUAGCGUGUAUUAUGUAGCAAGAAUCAUUAAAAUUUCCUUCAUUAUUAUUUUGUCUCAAUUUUAUCUUUUAGUACAUGUGAGAGAUCUUCCAGAAAAAAGAUUGUUUAGUUGAACUUGCUUCUUUGCUACCAGGCAACGUGGGAUGUGCAACAUCUCUGAUGUGGUUUUGUUAUUUCUAAAGAAUUUAUGUGAUAUGGACUCACGAUGAAAGGAUAACGGUUAUUUUGAAUGCU